AAUCAGCGGAGGCGUCGUGUGGAAUGCGUGACCAUUGAGUGAUCAUGCGUGCGGAUGCACGUUGAAGGGCGUGUUCCGGUGUCACCUCACCGCUGUCUGGAGCUGGUCGAUUCACGUUUGACGUAACGAGGUGUGGACGGUCACGUGGUCCAGCCGCUGCCGCGCGCCAGCUACCGUCAGUCCGCUCCGAGUGUCGCCUCCCAGCAGAAUGGACUUCAACGUGAAGAAGUUCGCCUCCGGGGCCGGGCUGUUCUUCACGCGGGCCGUGCAGUUCACAGAGGAGAAGCUGGGCCAGGCGGAGAAGACCGAGCUGGACGCGCACUUUGAGAACCUGCUGAGCCGCGCAGACUGCACCAAGCUGUGGACCGAGAAGAUCUACAGGCAGACGGAGGCGCUGCUGCAGCCCAACCCAAUAGACCACACCGGUGCUAGAAUCGAAGAGUUUCUCUACGAGAAGUUGGACAGGAAGGCCCCGUCCAGAGUUACCAAUGGAGAGCUGCUGGGUCAAUACAUGACGGACGCAGCAAAGGAGUUUGGUCCUGGGACGCCAUAUGGGGGAACUUUGAUCGAGGUGGGCGAAUGUGAGCGGAGACUAGGAGCAGCAGAGAGGGAGUUCCUCCAGACGUCCGCUAUCAGCUUUCUCACCCCACUCAGGAACUUCCUUGAAGGAGACUGGAGGACCAUUUCAAAAGAAAGACGUCUUCUGGAGAACCUCCGCUUGGACCUGGACGCCUGUAAAACCCGUCUGAAGAAGGCCAAGGUGGCCGAGGCCAAGGCCGCGUGCGAUGGCGAAAUGGCACCAGACUUUCAGGAGACCAGACCCCGCAACUACGUGCUGUCUGCCAGUGCCUCAGCGCUCUGGAGUGAGGAAGUGGAAAAAGCUGAACAUGAGCUCCGAGUGGCCCAAACAGAGUUUGACCGCCAAGCAGAGGUUACCCGGCUGCUUCUGGAGGGCAUCAGUAGUACACAUGUGAACCACCUGCGCUGCCUGCAUGAGUUUGUGGAGGCCCAAGCAGCGUAUUACAAGCAGUGUCAUUUCCACAUGCAGGAACUCCAGAAAGAGCUUGGAAGGCUUCCCGACGCAUUUGCCCUGAACUCCACCAACUCCGCGGCCUCCGCCUGCAGCGCAUCGGAAGGCCCUGUGGAGACGGACACACUGAAGAUCGAGGAAGUUCAGGCCCCAGCUACGGGAUCCCGCAAGGCCAAAGUCCUCUACGACUACGAUGCCGCGGACUCCAGCGAGCUUUCACUUUUAGCCGAUGAGCUCAUCACAGUGUACACGGUCCCAGGGAUGGACUGUGACUGGCUGAUGGGAGAGAGGGGAAACCAAAGAGGAAAAGUGCCUGUCACGUACCUGGAGCUUCUCAGCUAAAGAACACGCGCACAUGUAUGAUGACUUCUGAAGCCAGGAAGAUUUUUCAUCCGCUUCUGUCAAUUUCACAGUGUUCCACUAACCAAACCUUCCAUAGCCGUCCUCCACUGUAAGCAUUAUGAAACGUGUUAAGUGAAACACACUUCUCUUAUCACACACAAGUAUGGUCACGUGACGCUGACAGCAGUGAUAAUGGAGACAAUGUUGCAAUGCCUGCAAGAAAAUCCUUAACAUGACUUUUAGAUAUGGUUAGUGGAUUACUAUGUGUUCUUUCUUUGCUAUUUAUUACUUAUUUAUUGCUGUGCAUUCCAACGAUGUGGGGAAAUGCCUGCUUUGCAUUUCCAUCAAAUCUGAGUUGUUGAUCUGAUUUGUUAUUAAGUGUCUUUAUUGUCUCUGAGAGGUGUUCACAAGUCUUCAGCAGGCCGCCGUAUGGAUAAAGCAUGCAGUAACCACGCCUCCUUGGUUCUCCCAAUCAAAGUUGGGUGCAGUUUUGGUCGGUAUGACGGCUCUUCCACACGGAGGAAGAAGUGAAAAUGAUCCCGGGCAAACAGACUGGGUCGUUGUGACCGCGUCACGGCAAACUCGCUGUUCUGCUGACUUGUAUUAAAGAAAAUGAAAGCUGUGGCUGCUCCCUGGUUUCCCUGCAGAAGUCCUCUUCCACUGUCUUCCAAUGCUAGAUAAACACAAUUGGAUCUCUUGUGUUUUGCAACUUUCCGAUCCAUUUAAUAAGAUAAACAUUAGCUUCCCAAAGACCAUUGACCAUAAAACAACAAAUGGUGUUUUUCAUCAGUGUUCUAGAAUCGUGGGAAGCAGAGCCGCCUCAACUGCUGCUAACAUAAUGUUUUGUAGGUACAAUCCAACUCCUUCGCUUGAUUGAUAGAGGAACUCCAAAUGGGCUCUUUUGUUGUACUUGCUUUUUAGGCUUCUCAGCCUUUUUCACGGCACAGAAGAUCCAAUAUGAACACCUGUGCAGUAAAUAACCACUCCUGUCCUAACUGCCUUAAAAUGAUGAGAAUGUGCUCCUCUCAACAAAAGGUCAAAAGACCACAUAACAGCAUGCAAGACUGCAACUCCUUUUAAUGGUGUGCUUGUUCCGUAUGUGUGAUCCUGUCCUUUGAAUUGGUGAUGUUCCUGCCUGUUGCUGUUCUGUCUGUCAAUAAUUCAAAGUGUCUUCAGUCUUAGUGCUGCAUGUGCUACUCCUCGUAGCCUGUCCUGCUGGAUGAACCAGGUUCAUUAUGUAGCCAAGUCCAUUUCCACAAAAUAUUAUAUGCUCUCCCACAUUAAUUGACUUGUUUUUUCUUUUUUCUCUCCUGCCUUUUUGAGUUUUUUUGUAAAAUGAGCACACUGAAAAUGCAAAAAUGUGCUGGUGGAGUUGAAAUGAUGCUGAUGCAAGAGUUUUUGGUCCCUGUGGUCAGAGAGGGACGGGGUGAUGACGUCUAAUAUUUCUGGUCGGCGGAAGAAUGUAUUCUGUCAUGUUUCCGGUCUUGUGCUCACUUCCCAAUUAUUUUUUUUUUCAAAUGUUGUCUUGUGACUUGUUUACCUCAUCUUGUAUUAUUAUUAUUAUUAAUAUUAUAUAUUUUGUCUAUGUAUGUACUGUUCCUUAACCAUGCUGAAUGGAUGAAAUGUAUGUAAUUCAAUAAAAAGUCAGUCAUUUGAA